CCAGGUCUGGCCAACAGGAGAGGACGCUCAGAUUUGGCACAGGAACACAGCAGAGAUGAUAGAGAUGGUGUUGAGAGCAACGAGGUCCUGGAUGAGACUCAGAGGUCUGGGAUGAAGGACGAUAAAGAAGAGCUUCAGUCAGACAUCUGGGAGGAGCUGAGAAAUCUGCGGUAUGUGUUCACGGAGCAAAGAGCUGAGCUGGAACGACUGACAGAACGAGUCACGGCUGCCGAUCGGCUGGCACAGGCCUUACAGGAGGAGAUUACAGCUCAAGCUGCAGAACUCGCUGUUAUUCAACAAACCGUCAGCACGGUGCAGGAGAGCGUCUCAGACAACCUGGAUCACCUGGUGGAGCUGCAGCUGCAGCAGGAAGGAAAAGUGGCUUUUUCCACCUCUCUGUACAAAACUGGUGAAGGAAUCACACACCACUCAAUCUUUGCCACACUUGUCUUUAAAAACGUCUUUACUAACUAUGGAAACCACUACAACUCCAUUUCAGGCCACUUCACCGCACCAUUUGGAGGAGUUUACUACUUCAGAUUUACAGGCCACACUGCGCACGCUACAGACAGUAUGGUGUUGAAACUUGUCAAGAAUGAAGAGCCAAUUGUUUGUUCGGGGGAUCGUCGCACCACAGCCACAGAUCCUGAGGACAACGCAGCUAACGGAGCGGUGCUGCAGUUACAAACUGGAGAUCUUGUUUCCAUACAAAUGGUUGGAAUGGUCUGGGAUGAUCAAUAUCAUAGAACAACUUUUAGUGGAUUUCUGCUGUUUGCUUUAUAGUUGCCUACAAAACAGGGGCGGUUCUAGGGACAGGCCAUGGAGACGUUGGCCUUAGCUGACAUCUGAUUGGCUCCCUGAAGAGCCCCUGUCCUGUCACUCGAUGGGUGAUGCAGUUCCCAGUCCAAACCCUAUUGAGUCAAAUAAUAAAGUCCAGCAUUAAAGAGGA